ACAUGCCCGAGGAGGCGGGCUUCCCGCCGCCCAAGAGGUUCCGGCCGGGCUGCGGGCCUCCCGGGGGGCGCGUGGUGAUGCUGCUGACCGCGGGCGGCGGCGGCGGCGGCGGAGGCCGGAGGCAGCAGUCGGCCCUGGCGCAGCCCGCGGCCAGCCCCUACCCUGAGGCGGUGGAGCGGCAGCGCCGGAGCCUGCCCAUCUUCUCGGCGCGGGGGCAGCUGCUGGCCCAGCUCCGGAACCUGGACAGCGCCGUCCUCAUCGGGGAAACGGGCUCUGGGAAGACGACGCAGCUCCCGCAGUACCUCUACGAAGGGGGGGUCGGCCGCCAGGGUAUCAUUGCGGUGACCCAGCCUCGCCGAGUGGCUGCCAUCUCUCUGGCCACGAGAGUCUCCGAUGAGAAGAGAACUGAGCUCGGGAAGCUGGUGGGCUACACAGUGCGCUUCGACGACGUGACCUCAGAGGCCACCAGGAUCAAGUUCCUGACGGACGGCAUGCUUCUACGAGAAGCGAUUUCCGACUCUCUGCUGCGCAAGUACAGCUGUGUCGUGUUGGAUGAAGCCCACGAGCGGACUGUGCACACCGAUGUGCUCUUCGGGGUGGUGAAGGCCGCCCAGAAGAGGAGAAAGGAACUGGGGAAGCUGCCUCUCAAAGUGAUCGUCAUGUCCGCGACCAUGGACGUGGAUCUGUUCUCGCAGUAUUUCAACGGAGCGCCCGUCCUCUACCUGGAGGGUCGGCAGCACCCCAUCCAGGUGUUCUACACCAAACAGCCGCAGCAGGAUUACCUGCACGCCGCGCUCGUCUCCGUCUUCCAGAUCCACCAGGAGGCCCCUCCUUCUCAGGACAUCCUGGUGUUCCUCACCGGGCAGGAGGAGAUCGAAGCCAUGAGCAAGACCUGCCGAGACAUCGCGAAGCACCUCCCAGACAGCUGCCCCUCCAUGCUGGUCCUUCCUCUCUACGCCUCCCUGCCCUACGCCCAGCAGCUCCGCGUCUUCCAGGGGGCCCCAAAGGGCUGUCGCAAAGUGAUCGUUUCAACCAACAUCGCUGAGACCUCCAUAACCAUCACGGGAAUAAAAUAUGUGGUCGACACGGGCAUGGUUAAAGCAAAGAAGUAUAAUCCUGGCAGCGGCCUGGAGGUGCUUGCCGUGCAGCGCGUGUCCAAGACCCAGGCGUGGCAGCGCUCGGGCCGGGCCGGCAGGGAGGGCAGCGGUGUCUGUUACCGGCUCUACACGGAGGACGAGUUCGAGAAGUUUGAGAAGAUGACCGUGCCCGAGAUCCAGAGGUGUAACCUGGCAAGUGUGCUGCUGCAGCUCCUUGCAAUGAAAAUCCCCGACGUGCUCACCUUUGAUUUCAUGUCCAAGCCCUCUCCAGACCACAUUCAGGCGGCUGUCGCCCAGCUGGACCUGCUAGGUGCUCUUGAACAGAAGGACAACCAGCUUACCUUGACUCCGCUGGGAAGAAAGAUGGCAGCUUUCCCUUUAGAGCCCAGAUUUGCCAAAACCAUACUCCUGUCCCCCAAGUUCCACUGCACCGAGGAGAUCCUGACCAUCGUUUCUCUGCUGUCGGUGGACAGCGUUCUGUACAGCCCUCCGGCCCGGCGCGACGAGGUGCAGGCCGUCCGCAAGAAGUUCGUGUCCGGGGAGGGGGACCACAUCACGCUGCUCAACAUCUACCGGACCUUCAAGAACCUGGGCGGCAGUAAGGACUGGUGCAGAGAGAACUUUGUCAACAGCAAGAACAUGAUGCUGGUGGCCGAAGUCCGAGCGCAGCUGAGGGAUAUCUGCCUGAAGAUGUCCAUGCCGAUGGUGUCCUCCCGCGGGGACGUGGAGAGUGUCCGUCGCUGCCUGGCGCACAGCCUGUUCAUGAGCGCGGCCGAGCUGCAGCCGGACGGCACGUACGUGACCACGGACACCCGCCAGCCGGUGGCCAUCCACCCCUCGUCCGUGCUUUUCCACUGCCGGCCGGCCUGCGUCGUCUACACAGAGCUACUGCACACCGGCAGGUGCUACAUGCGGGACCUGUGCGUCGUGGACGCCGACUGGCUGUACGAGGCCGCCCCCGACUACUUCCGGAGGAAGCUGCGGGUGGCCCGUGACUGAGCCCCCCGA